GUGAAUAGUUUCCGAAUGCACAGUAUGUGCUCUCCAAGUGCACCUUCUAAAUUUGUCUUUCCAUCAUCUUUGUUUUCACAGUUGAGUGGCUCAGGUCUCCUGGGGAAUACUGAGUUGAGUGUUGGUGCAGCCAUUGCUUGUUUUCUGGCACAGGAAGGUGCUGACAUCAAUUACGCCAACCACAAGGGCAAAAGCCCGCUGGACCUGGUGGCUGAUGGCACCAUGCUGCAGCUCAUCAAGAGCUUCUCUGAGAAGCACAGGUUGCAGCGUCUGCACGCAGUCACAUGUGGGCAGGGCCUCAGUAGUGCCAGUAUGCGACGCAUCCAUACUACACCCAACACCAUGACUAACCUGGUGCUUCCCACACCACCAGGAGGUCCCAGUGAAUGCCUCAUCUGCUCUGAAUUGGCUCUGCUUGUUCUCUUCUGCCCCUGUCAGCACAGUGUGGCCUGUGAAGAGUGUGCACAUCGAAUGAAGAAAUGUAUCAAAUGCCAAGUCACAAUCACCAAGAAAAUCAGACAAGACCAAACGGAGGUGGACUGCAGCCCCGGCACUGAGAACUCUGAGCAGCACAACCUGCUGGAGCAGCUGCAGUCGCGCUACCGCCAGAUGGAGGAGCGGAUCACCUGCCCCAUCUGCAUCGACAACUACAUCAAGUUAGUGUUCCAGUGCGGACACGCCUCCUGCAUCAACUGCAGCGCUGCACUCAAGAUGUGCCCCAUCUGCCGGCAGACCAUCCGCGAGCGGAUCCAGCUGUAUGUCUGAGCCCCAAUCCCCCCCCUCGUCAUCUCCCAGACAGGAUGGGAGGGGGCGGCUCAGCGAUUGGAGGAGGGAACGGCAGCUGUUACCUGUGACAGAAGCGCUUGCCACGGUCAUAAGUCUGCUUGUUCCCCAUGUCCGCUGCUUCACGAUGAGACGCUGUGUUACAUCACAGUCCACUUCCUGUGGCUGUUUUACAUUUCGACCCGUUUCUGUCUCGAGCCGCUCAAACAGCGUUACGUCCAUCACUUUAUUUGACAACUUGUUUCCCUGUGUGAGCAGAGCAGGAGGCAGGAAAGGCCCGCUGUGCUGUGAUCGAGCCACUUUUCUGGGAGGAAAUGCCUAAAUAGCAUAAACGUACUAAACAUCCCCUCCCCAGCUCCCCACCCUUCCACUUCCCGUAGUCUGUCUUAUCUUUGCUGCUUUAAGUGGAUGUCUGUUACCCAUCAUCCUCUCUGCCUGUCUGGCCUCUCCUGUUUACACGGCUGCACACAGUCUUCUUUGCCCCCCCCCCGGUCCCCAUGUCCUGUCAGUUCCAUUUGCUGUCAUUCAUUCCCUGUUGCUCUGUAUAAUCAGUGUUUGUGUAUGCCUGUAUGCAAGGGGACGUCGGCGCUAUAUAUGCAUGCCUGUAUGCAUACGGUAAAGCUGGUGACUGUCGCUACGGGCGAUUUUAUUUCCUUCUGGUUGCAUAUGUGAUUUGUAAUGUAGCGAGAAUAUUGUUAUUUAUGUGUGAAAGGUGGUAUUAUUUAGUCAUGUUUUCAUUUGGUGUUUGCUUGGCAAAAAUGUUUCUACUGAUAAUCACCCCAAGCCUCAUGUCCUCGACUCAGGGUGUCAAACCAUUGAAAGCACUUGUGAUCAUAACAGUUAUAGAAAA